AUGAGAGUUUACUUUCUGGUAUUUCUUCUUAUUCCUACUAGUUAUGCGAUAGGAAAAUGUGCAUCAGAUGAUGGGAUAUUCUGUGAAUGCUCCACGAAUUUAGAAAAUGGAGAAACUAAGAUCUGGAACUGCAUUCGUCCUGGCGGCUGGUCCACCUGGUCAAAAUGGUCCAAAUGCAGAGAAGGAACUAGGAAAAGAAGAAGAAUCUGUAAUAAUCCAUUGCCAAUUGGAACCACUUGUUCUGGUAUCAGAGUUGAAAAACAACCAUGUGUGGUUUCUCCGAAAAUCCCAGAAUUCCUUUUCGGAGAGUGGACAUCAUGGAAUCCGUGGUCGCGAUGCGACUGUGAUAGGAGUCUUCGGUUACGAACUCGUCACUGUAAAGGAAAUUCUUGUGAGGGAUGUGACAAACAAUACGAGAAUUGCUUGCCUGGAGAGUGUCCAGAUAGCAAAAAAUGGUCCCAAUGGACAGAUUGGUUAGAUUCGGGUCACGAACAGAUUAGAUAUUCAGCCUGGUGUUCCUCUUCCAACGUGGCAAAUGUAGACGUAGGAGUUAGAAGAGAAACAAGAGAAUCGAUGAAACAUGUCAUCUGGUCAGAAUGGCGUAUGCAUCCCGGUGUAGCUUAUCGAUAUCGAAUGCUUCCGAAUUCUACUAUUUCAAUAGAACAUCAACUACUCUCAAGAUCAACGUCGUCCUGCCUCCCUCUUUAUUUUGCGAUUCCCAUUUUUUGUUUCUGUAUUUUUAUUGGAUUCAUUCUCCAAAGCAUUAUUAUGUGCGUCUUUAGUAGAUGUCAACGAAAGUUCUCUAGAUUGACCUAUUCCUACGACUCGAACCCCCGUGACUAUCCAUCUCAUUUGAUUCGUUCUCCUAAAGAUGAAAGUUUUUGGUCUUCUUGA